UUUCGGCGAAGGAUUUUCGAAAUUCCUUCCACGGGGAGCAACGACUUCCGUAAUGGCCAAUCACUCAUCCGCUUGCCCAAUCCUCUGCGCUUCUUUGAAUCAAGACAACAGUGGUUUUGCAAUAAGCACUAAAGAUGGUUUCAAAAUAAUCGAUUCAAGCACCGGAAGGCUCUGCUACGAACGAGCUGCUGGAGCUUUCAUUAUUGUUGAGAUGCUGUAUAGUUCAAGUCUUCUCGCCGUUGUUGGGGCUGGUGAACAGCCAUCUUUAUAUCCACGUCGUCUCUGUUUGUUCAAUACAAUAACUAGUACUCCUCUUCGAGAAAUGACUUUCCUAACUUCAAUUCUCGCUGUUCAUUUGAAUAGGACAAGAUUAACUUUUGGAGAUUUGAUUAUAUAUUUAUUGGAAAUGGAUAGCAUGGGGUAUGAAUAUGAUGAUUGGAGUGGAAUGGAGUUAAGUAGGCGUCGAGUUCUUCAACAGUUGAUCCUCAUGCAACCUCUGGUAGAGGAAAAUUAG